AUGCCUCGUAUCGUGGGCGUGUCACCACAGGCCCGCACACAUCCAAGAGCAACGUCCAUCAUCAAAUCUUACACCGGUAUCACAAGUAUCCUCACCACUCCAGGGUCUAUUGUCAUUGGGUCUGAAUCUCGAAAGAUGCAGCAAAAGAAGGUCCUUCUUCUCACCAACUCCGAAUUCGGGCAGGCCAACGUCUUCCUCGCUACGAGCCAGGCUCUUGUCGAGGCCAGCGAAGAUGUCGAGGUGCAUUUUGCAUCCUUCGGUCUGAUGGAGGAGCCCGUGGCCAAGCUGCAAUCUCCCAGGAUAGUCUUCCAUCCUAUUGAGGAGAUUGACAUGGAGGCAGCGUGGAUGAGGCCCGAAGUGGGCAAAGACAGGCCAAAGGGCACGGGGAGACGGACAUUCCUAAACGCACCAGCCAUGCUACGCUUCUUACUCAGGGUCAUGCUUCCGUGGUCGGGCCCCGAGUUCGUAGCCAUCUACCAAAGAGUGACCCAGAUCAUCAAUAACGUGAAACCGGAUGUUGUCGCUGUUGAUCCGAUGUUCUCCCCUGGCAUGACGGCAUGCCAUCAACUUGGCGUCAAUUUUGUGGUCUUGUCGCCCAAUACGAUCAAGGACUUUUCAUUGCCGCUACAGCCCUAUGGGGAGGCUAUCUGGCGUUAUCCUUGUGUGGGCUCAGGGUUAUGCUUUCCGAUACCGUGGCAUCUCGUGCCGUUCAACAUAUACUUGGUGCUAGUAGCUAUCGUUGUUGGCUUGCUCGACCAGAACAGGAAGAGUGUCCAGCGCUAUCUACGGGAGAACACAGAUGCCAAACGAAUGAUUAGUAUCGGCGACUUGGCCUUGAACCCUAGGCUGGUCAGGAAGUCCUUGGUAGCCAACUUCCCAGAGCUUGAAUACCCACUACGAGUCAUUCCGGAAAACAUCGUGGCAUGUGGCCCAAUGACAAGGCCACCCAGACAUGUCGAAGAGGUGGACGCGGAGCUCGCUGGCUGGCUGUCGAGAGGGCAUACGAUCUAUGUUAACCUGGGCACGCACGUGCAGAUGCACGAAGAGGGAGCGGUGCAAAUGGCUAUGGCGUUCCGUGUUAUUCUGGACCACGCAAGAUCUCCUGCUGGGGCGGCAGCCAAGAUGGAAGACUUGCAGAUUCUGUGGAAGAUGGUUCCGAACACACAUUUUGGUGGUGAUUGGUCCGUCUACGACCCCAAGUCCAGGGUUCACCAGAUCCUGGGCAAGUACCUUGACCUCGACGUGGUCCGAGUUGUGGAAUGGAUCAAGCCGGAUCCCCUGGCAGUCCUCAGGAGCUCGGUGCUGGCCGUCCACCAUGGUGGUGCAAACUCAUUCUUGGAAGCCGCAAGUGCUGGCGCUCCUCAGGUUGUCCUCCCGGUCUGGAUCGACACGUAUGAUUUUGCCAAUCGAGCUGAAAUCGUCGGCAUCGGGCUAUGGGGAAAUAAGAAAGCAAGGCCAUUCUGUGCAGCUGUUGAGUUCGCUCCGGUGCUAGUGGAGGCGCUCUUCGGCGAACGGGCAACUCCGAUGAAGAUCAAGGCAAAAGAGAUUGCCAAGCUCUGCAAAGAAAGGGGUAAUGGCGCCGUGGUCGCUGCCAAUACGAUACUGAAUGAGAUUCACGCGGAGUAA